CACCAGAGCCUGCAUUGUUGACGAUGGGAGUGACUGUGCUCUGGCCGCGAUACUUGCUCAGCAACUGACUCCUACACAUGAUAGCGCACUAUAGCCAAUCAUCAUCCCAGGUUCCAGCAUAGACCUCGGCUUCCGUCGCAUCUGUCCAGCUCGUGUGCCAUCCGUUGCUCUACAACCACAAGACCCAACUUUGGUUGCUUUCGGCCUUUGUAUUAUACCUUCUGUAAUAGCCCUUGUCUGAUCUAUACAUAGGCUGCUAUAUACCCCAAUUGCCUUCCCCGACACAAUGGCUGCAGAAACAGGCACAGAGGACCUGAUAACCCACCUCAAAUCGGUCCUCCUAGAACUCAAUGCCCGCCCCUACCCGGACGUCGCGAACCCGCCCGAGGCCCCUAAGCGCGCCUCCGUCGCCCUCAUUCUCCGCAUACAACCGCACUACUCACACUGGCCUGCCACAGACGAUAAGCCCUUCCCCCUGCACCACCCCUACCCCCCGAGCCCGACCCAGCAGCGCCGGCGGUCUUCCGCAGCCUCAAGCAAGCCCCGCGAUCUCUCUUUCAAGGAUAUCAUAGAGACCUUCUUUGCGCAAGACUGGGUCAAGCAUGGCGACCCCGAGCUGCUCUUCAUCAAGCGCGCAACAAGGGUGGGAGACAAAUGGAACGGGCACGUUGCACUGCCGGGCGGGAAGCGAGACCCCGAAGACGAAGACGACCAGGUGACUGCCGUGCGGGAGGCGCUCGAGGAAGUCGGCAUAGACCUGAGCUACAAUAACGCCAUCGCCGUCGGCAACCUCCCGCAGCGCGUCGUCACGUCGUCGUGGGGCAAGGUGCCGCUCAUGGUCCUCUGUCCCUACAUCUACCUCCUCACCUCGCCUACCUACCCCGCCCAACGCCUCCAGCCCACCGAGGUCGCCUCCACGCACUGGGUAUCCCUCCGCGCGCUGCAAUCCCCCUCCCUCCGCACCCACGAAUACGCCGACGUCUCCGCGCGCCUCGCAAAGUCCGAGCUCGGAAUCAAGCGCUGGUUCCUGCAGUCCAUGCUCUCCAAGAUGAUGUUCGCCGCCAUCCACCUCGUCCCCUCAAACUCCACCUACUGCGCGACAAUCCCAGACUUCAUACCUGCGGGCGGGCCCCCGGAUGCGGGCGCCCUAGGGAAGGUGAAGGAAGUGCUGAGGGGUCCGGAGGGAAGCAAGGCGGGGAAGCCGCCACUUCUGCUGUGGGGACUGACGCUGGGCGUCGUGAGCGACCUCCUGGAACACCUGCCGCCGCAUAACGCGCUGGAGCUGUGGACGUAUCCAACGUUUACGAAUUGGGAUGUCAGGUUCGUCAUGUGGGCCAUGUCGUACCGGUUCCGCGUGCAGAAGACGGCGGAGAUGAGCACGCAGACUACGCUGGGGCUGGAGACGUCGUCUGUGCCGAUACUCGACGCUGAGGUCGAGGAGAAACCGGGCGAAGUCGGGAUCGCAGGGUUGGGCGUAGGACGCAGCUGGGGGAGGACGGGCAGGUCCAAGAUGGUGGCGAGGAAUGCGGCGGUGAAUUCUAUGCUCGAGGGAUACUAUCCUAUCGUGCGAAAGGCGGUGGCUACGGCACUGGUGGCGCGGAUUGGGCUCGUGGUAGGGUUAGCGGUGGUUUUGAGAAGGAAGUACAGGUUGAGCGAGUGGGUGAGAUCAUUGUGGGAGACUGCGUGAAGGGUGGCGCGGUUAUAGAAGGUAGGCAGGCAUCGCCAGGAGCAUAAGCUGUAGCAGGAACUCGCUCAGCAUGCGAGUGCCUGGUUUGACUCUAUACAUUACACAACACAUUCACCC